CCACCCACCAAUGACUACAAGAAGGCGACAACUGACAACUACCGGAAACCAGUCGGACUGUAAACAUAUGCUCUUCCCAUUUCAUCACCGUACACUGUAACACCGACGACACAGUACCAACUUAUCAUCAUCAUGGUUUCGAACUCACGCGCCUUCUACAUCCUGAAUGCUCUGCGACUCCUCAGCAUUAUCGCCCUCCUUCUUUCGCUCACCACAAGUGUUGCUAGCAUAGUCUUGAGCAUCACAACCGGAAAAUUCCAUUUCUCCACCUUCAUCCUCCUCCUCUUCCCGACCCCCCUCCUCCUGUUCCUCUUCUUCUCCGAAAUCUCGCUAUUCCCCAAUUACUUCGAGUACUCCUGGCCGCUGUUCGCGCGCGAUGCGGGAUUGGUAUGGCUGGGAGCGUUGGAGGUAGCUAUCGGAGCAGUGUUAUUGUCAAUACCCUACAGGACCCCAGCGGCCGCGCAGAAAAAGGGAGCGAAGAGACAGCAGCAGGGGAUGUCAACGGUUGAUACCGUGCUCCUAGCUGCCGGUAUUACGGUUGUGAUCGCCGGCGCGGGAGGAAUCAUUGCCGGUAUCCUCUUCCGCACGCCUACAACGCGAGAGGUCAGGUCUAUCACCAGCUUCCGCGCGCGGCGGAGGGUUCGGGGCCACGAGGAGAGCGGUGCUGCCGUGGUCGGGGUGGAGAGCACGAGUCCAUAUCCGACUGACGGUGGGGACAACGCGGGACAUGAGGAAAUGCCGGAGAUACCGGAGAGAGCGUAUUACAUCAGAAGACAGAGCAGCGGCUCUAGUGCUUAUGGCAUCGGAAGAUUUCCGCAGGGGGAGGAUGAGGAUGAGGCGAGGGAUGCGAGCGUGUUGGCGAAAGGGUAUCGGCAGGAUCUUGGGCUUUGAAGUUUGAAAUGGCCAUGGCAGCGUUCUGUUUAUGAUGCGGGUCAUAUGUAGCAUACCGGACGGAUCAGCCCAAUUCAUAAUUCACAAUUCACUUGAUGAGAUGUAUCUCUCUCUCGAGGCAACAACCACAGUAAAUUUGGUGCCAGAUACUGAGAGUUCACGUGUUCUUAUAGGCUUGACAUGUGCAUCUUCGAGAGAUGACAAACUUUUUGACUUCAUCGACCAUGGAGAGGUACGACAAAGCUUCGAAAGUGCCAGUAUUUCCUUUGUUGUGCCGAUGUUUGUGGCUUGGGGGUAUCGCAGGACAGAGAUGGGGUGAAUAAUCGAGUUGCAUUGAGUUUCUAUAUACGCUGAGAACUGUUAAUGUGGUGAGCGUUGUCGUUGAAAUUGACGUUGUAGUGGUUGUGAUGAAGU